GAGGGCCAGGCAGGCACAUCUGCCGCUUUCCCAUAGCUGUUGCUGCGCUGCCCAGCCUCGGUGGGUUGCAGCCGCCGCGGCUCUAGCGCGCUCACUGCGGGCUUCUGUGGGGCGUGGUUUAGGGUUUGGCUGCUCCACCCAAGAAUACCCCUCGUGUCGUUCCAGCAGCCAAGCGAAAGGGGGGGCAUCGAAAGGUGAGGAGGGGGAGAUCCCCAGCCACAGCCCAGGAAGCGCUCCGGGACCGGGACCCAACGAUCAUCCGGGAGACCAUGGGGCUGGAAAAAGAGAAAGCGGACACCAAGAUCUUUAUGGACGACGAUGGCUUCAACCGAAGUAGCAGUCCGGCUCUGUCCGACACAGAGAAGAGCCUGGAGAAAGCCCCUGACAGGGACCCACACGGGCUUAACACGCACUUGAAGCUGGGAUUUGACGAUGUGAUAGCAGAGCCUGCAUCCACUCAUUCCUUCGACAGAGUUUGGAUCUGCAGCCAUGCACUCUUUGAGAUCAGCAAAUACCUGAUCUACAAGCUCCUGACACUAAUCCUUGCCAUCCCGCUGGCCCUGGUUGCAGGGAUUCUCUUUGCCGUGCUCAGCUGCCUGCACAUCUGGCUUUAAGCUAAGGAAGAAACAUCGAGCCAAAAGCUACAAGACCAACCUGGAUAUUUAUAUAUGCUUUAAAAUAGAUCUUUGUGGCAAAUGCUUAGCUGUUUGGGUGUGAUGGCCUGACGCACUAGCAAUAUCUCAUAUGAUAGAUGACAAAUUCUACCUGUAAUUGUAGAGAUCAGAUCCCUGCCCGAGCUUUGAAAUGUAAGUAGGAGUUUCUCCACACACAAUUUGAGCUGUAUUUUGUUUCUAAGUCACUCCUUUUGAUUUGCCACUGGCCCUUAUACCCAUAACAUUGCUUCUGUCACCUCAGAAGUGUCAUUCAGGAUUGCAGUUAUCCAGUUAUCUGGCUGCCUGUGGUAACAGUUGCCUCAGAGCAACCUGCCAAGGAGGUUUUACAAAAAAGUUGCUUCCCCCACCCCGUUUUGGCCACAAAUAACUAACAAGCGUAUGUGAAGGCAGGUGGACUUCCAAAAAUGUUUGUGGAUUCAUAACCUUUUGUGGCUCUCCUUGCCAAUUUUGCAGUAGCUUCAUUCACUAUGCAGAGCUACUCACAGGCCGUUCUGAGGAACAGUAGAGGAUUUCUGUCCUAGACUUUUCAAGACUGGAUCUUCAGAUCGCAUGUGGUGCUUGUUGAAUCGUACCUGUGUCCCUUAAGCUUUAUAUGUGUGGUUAUGUAAACAAGUAGUGCAAAUAUGGUGCCACAAAUUGAGAAAGAAAAGCUGAAUAUGAUUGAGAAGAAUGAGCUUGUAUGCAUAUAUGUAAACAUCCUCAAAAAGGAUAAGGAAGAAGUUACAUCAUACAUUCAACCAAUAAAGUAAAGUGAAGUGUGCCGUCAAGUCGAUUUCAACUCCUGGCACCCACAGAGCUCUCAAUAAUUAUCAACAAAUUAGGAAAGGAAAUUGCUUAUGAAACCAUCACAUAAGGAGGCCGGGUCCUUUGAAUUUUCCAAGCUUUUUCCCUAUACCAAAUCUGCAGUGACAAUGAAACUGUAAAAUGGAGGGUAUUUUAAACUGUAGGCAUUUUAUUCCCAGCAUUCCACAUGGGGGUGUGUGCUAUUUGCUGUUUCAGCAGAGAAAAAGAAAGGAAAGGUUUCAAAAGGACAAUUCUUUUUCAAAUCCAUUGGAGUUAGCUGAGAGUGCAGCUCAGGCAGAUCAGCAUCGAGUUGCCAUUGCUAAACUUUGAAUGGUUAAGUGGCUCAGCAUGGAAGCAGAAAAAUACCGGGUGCCAUUAAACAGCCUAUGUUUAGAAAACUACCAGCAGUCACAACGUGGAGCGCAGCAGGAUUUACUUUCUGGUCUUCAUUUUGCCCGCCCGAUGAUAUCACUGUUCAACCCAAAAUAAAGCUUUAUAAUGAAGUUAAAGGAGCAUGAAGGCAUAGCCUCUCCUUUCCUUUCUCGCAAGCUGAAGAGAGCUUGGUGUUUCUGGUGAUCAGGCUCCACCCGGAUUAACAUAAUUUCCUGAGGGUGUGGCUGUUUCCAUGUCUGCCGUAUAAGGCUCAUUUCUGCCCGACCCUAUUUUGAAACAGGGCUUCUGCACACAAUGUGCCCAAGGCUAUGUUGAUUUACAGCGAGUACUUUCUCUUUUCUGCUGGUUGGGAUGUGAACGUAUACAACUGUGAUGUCAUUAUCAUAGAUGUCAGAAUUCUUAUUCACUAAUUACUUUGCACUUUUGCCAUGCAUUCCACUUUUUUCAAUCCUGAUUUCAGAAAAAUUUUCAAAUAAUGACCUGAUUGGAGAAGUCCUCCCGUCCCUGGUGCAAUUCAGGUGCUCUAACAGCAACACCAUACCAGAAGAACGUUGGUGAAAGUAUUAGCUGUUGACAUGAUGGGUUAAAGAUUUCAGUGUGUGUAUGAGGAGCUGUAUAAAUAAGCUUUAACUCCUGAGAUUACAGUUGGGCAAUAUAAACUUCAGAAUGAAUUGCUUUCAGGCUUGUUGCAACCAGAGGCGUAACUAUAGGGGGGCAGGGGGGGCACGUGCCCCGGGCGCCAUAUUUUUUGGUCACAUGGGGGGCGCCGCCAUGACAAAAAAAAUUCUUUUAAAUUUUUUUUAAAUUUUUUGUUAAUACAAAUGUUUCCUGCUCAGUGCAGCAGCGCUGCAGCAGUCAAGGGAGCACGUUGGCGCCCCCUCCCCCAUGAGCGGUCCCUUCCGCGCCGCCUGCGCGCCCCCCCCAUUGCUUUGCUGGCGCCUGGCGGCCAGUCAGUGGCCUGGCUUGGCGGCGGCGGCGGGCGCUUGUGAGGAAAAACCUAAGUAUAAUGUAGCAUGUUGGGGGCGCGGGGGGCGCCAUUUAAAUGCUUGCCCCGGGCCCCGUUUUCCCUAGUUACGCCUCUGGUUGCAACACUCAAGGUAACAGAAAUAAGAAAGAACCAUAAUGCUAAUUGUGUGAUUCUGCACCAGUGGUUCUCAGUUGGAUGUUGAGAUUAGUAUCUUUGAAAAUUAUGCACCGUACAGCACUGUAAUAUUACUUUGCUUGGAUCUACACCAACAUGUAGAGCUCUUUUUUUUUAAAAGUGAUAUCUGAAGGAGCCUGUUUUUCAAAUGUUACUUUCCCUGGAAUCCUUUUUCUUGCCACCAUGCUGUUGGUGCAUUCAUUAACACUCUGCCCUCCUCUUUUCCCAACUACUGUAGCCUCCAUCUUCAGACUAUCAAAAAGAGAAGAGGGAUCUAUAUGGGUAUGUGGACCAUAGCAGAAUAGGGAAGACCAGAGUCUCUAUGCUAUACCGUACCAUUAAUUCAGGCCAGAGGCAUUCUUAGGCCUGGACCUCAAGGCACAAGUCCGAGGCCCCAGCCUCCCUGCUGUCCUGAAGGGCCUCAGCAGCAAGCCUGCCAGUGGUCAGUGCCAGGAAUUUCUCCCCGACGCGGCCACCAUCACGGGCUCUGCAGUGCCUCCCUUCCCCACUCUCUUCCUGCCUCCUGGCAGGCUGCUACUGCUGCUGCUCCCCCCACCUGCCAAUCAGCGGGUGAGUGGCGCUAGCACAGAGGCCUCUUCCUGCCUCAUGGCUCUUCAGAAGCAUGGGAUGAAGGCUGCCCAGCAAGAGACGGCUGAGCUUGAGAGACAGGGAUCCAAUGCUGGCUGCCACCAGACUUAUGCAAGCCCUCUGCUCUGCCUCCCCCACCAUGCCUGCUUGUGUGCUGUGCCUGCCUCAUCAUGAGAGCCAUCCAGAAGGUGUGUGGGUGGGAUUGUAUGGGACUUUUAUGGGUUAUCUCCCCCCCCCCCUUUUUAUAUUUCCAAGAUGGCCUAGGGCUUGGAGAUAUGGGGCAGGAUGGAAGGGCUCUGUAUAUUUAAUUUGAAGCAGAUUGGUCAAUUUAUUUAUUUUUAAUGAAUGUUGGAAAGAUUAAACUUCAAAAGGUCCUAUAAGUGACCUGUUCUAUGGCAAAAAAAUUACAAAAACUUCUGGAACUGAAGCACCACCAUCCCGGAUGAUCAUUCCACCCCCUUGUGGAAUAAUCUGCCCCUUGCCUUCAUAAAAAAUGGUAAAGUACUCCACUUUUCUGCCCAACCCUUUAGAUCUCUGGGAAUGGCUUGACAUAGGACUUUGAAAUUGGGCACAGAUGUAGGGCAGGGUGGCUAGAAUCUGGGAAUUUAAUUUAAAGGAAAUGAGUCAAUCCUUUGAUAUUUUUAAUGAUUUUUUUUUAAAAAAAAACUUCAAAAAAGUCAUAUAAAUGGCUUGUUUCAUGGCACAAUUUUUUAAAAAAAACUUAUGAAACUGGAGCCCACCCACCCCCUGCUCCGCAUGGACCAUCAUUUCCUCCCCAUGUGGAGGAAUCUACCCUUUGCUUUCAUAAAAAGAGUGAAGCACCCGAUUUUUCUGUCCAACCCUUUAGAUCUGUUGAAUGGCUUAGCCUAGGGCUUUGAUACCAGGAACAGAUGUAGGGCAGGAUGGCUGGGCUCUGUAUAUUUAAUCUGAAGCAGAUCGGUCUAUGUGUUGAUUUUUUAAAAUAAUUCUGAAUGUUUUAAAAACUUUUACACAGUGGGAAUUGUGCACUCAAUAAUGCUGUGUGAAACUAUGGGGGGGGGUGCUACAGAUGACCAAGGCUGCAGUCAUAUGCACACUUCCCUGGGAGUAAGCCCCACUAAAUACAGUAAGACUUCUGAGCAAUCCUCUCUACUGGUUGCUGCAAUCAUUUACAAAAACGGAUUUGUGGGCUAGGAAAAAAGAACUUUGCAGACUAUUAUCUUUUGUUCUUUGUAUGUCUGCAUUAACACCACUUUGCCACUGAUGUGCCAGACUCCAACCAUCUCCAGGAUUUGUUGAGCUUAGACCCAAACAAAAAUGGCAUUCUUUUGAUGGAUCUGCUUGAUAUUUAAUAAUAAUGUGAAUAUUGGUCGCAUAAUGAUAAUAAAUAAAGCCACCUAAUGGUGCAGCAGGAAUGACUUGACUAGCAAGCCAGAGGUUGCUCGUUCAAAUCCCCACUGGUAUGUUUCCCAGACUAUGAGAAACUAUGCCUAUGUUCCCCAGACUAUGGGAAACAGCUAUAUCAGGCAGCAGGGAUAUAGGAAGAUGCUGAAAGGCAUAAUCUCAUACUGCGUGGGAGGAGGCAAUGGAAAACCCCUCCUGUAUUCUACCAAAGACAACCACAGAGCUCUGUGGUCACCAGGAGUCGACACCAACUCGAUGGCACACUUUACUUUUUAAUGAUAAUAAAUUGUGGCUGAAGUAAGAGUUCACAGCGUUGAUCAGCCUUUCAGAUUAGUGAUUCUCUUUAUAUUUAUCUGGGGAUGAACAACUGCCCCUAUUUAAUUGCAGCAGCACUGACUAUUGCUGGUGUUUCUUUCUUCUCAAAGAAACCUUAUGUUUCUUUGAGAAUUUUUCCACUGAAAAGUGUAAAAUAAUAAUUUUUUUCU